AUGGAAGGAGAUCAAGAGAACUCUCUUACACCCUUUUGGCCACAGUCCUCAGACUCUAUCCGGCGAGCCGACCAUCGCCGGCGACGGCUGAGCCGCUCCUCCUCCCUCCUCUUCAACUCCGGCGCUGUUCUCAUAGCUUUGAUCGUCACAGCUCUCGCAUUCAUUUUCGUUAUAAUCCCGUCAUUUCUUUCCUUCACUUCUCAAAUAUUCAGACCCCAUUCGGUCAAGAAGAGCUGGGACUCUCUUAAUCUCGUUCUGGUUCUCUUCGCCAUUGUUUGCGGGUUUCUCAGCAGAAACAGCACCGAGAACACGAGUUCUAAUCAUGACGAUCAAAGGGUCUCAAAUGAGGGUGGUCAAAAGUCAAACCCAUCAACUCCGCAUCAAUGGUAUGAGUAUUCAGAUCGGACGCAAUCGGAUUCGUUUAAUUCUAGAAUUUACAGAAGGAUGAGAAGCAGCAGUUCGUACCCGGAUCUACGGCAGGAAUCUUCGUGGGUGAGCAGGGACGAACAAUGGCGGUUCUACGAUGAUACGCACGUGGCGAAUUACCGCCCGUCUGAUUCCGAUCAACAUCAUCAUCAACUCCAGUACCGUCGCCGGCCAUGGAAUGAACCUGAAGAGGAAAUUCAAUUGCAAACAAAGAACAUAGAAGUUGACACUUUUGAAGUCCGUGCGAAAGAAGAUUCUCAACCUUCUGCUCCGCUGCCACCGCCGUCACCUCCACUACCUCCGCCUCCGUCGCCGCCAAAGGAGGAGGAGGAGAUUAGGCGUAAACCGAAGCGGAAGGAAGAGAGUAGAGAUCAAAGCCCUGAAAGCAACGAUUUUUAUAAGGUCAACUAUUACAAGCCACCACCUGCACGGCCUCCUCCUCCUCCGCCGCCGCCGCCGCCGCCCCCGGUGCCGGAGAAGCAGAGACAAAAGAGCGUCGAACUCUCCGAUUCCUUCCUCGCGUCCAUUGAUCCUCCUUAUUUGCCUUCGUAUCCACCUCCGCCGCCGCCGCUGCCACCUCCGCCGUCCGUCUUCCACACUCUGUUUUCCUCUAAGAAAGGAAAAACCAAAAAAGUUCACUCAUUUUCGCAAUCUCCUUCAUCGCCUCCACCGCCGCCGCCUCCGCCUCCAUCCGUUCGCGUUUCGAAGAGCAAAGCUCAGAGCAGGCCGAUUCCGGUGACUCAGAAACCUUCAUUGCCGGUCCACACGAGCAAUGUCGACAGCGUCGAAGAGAACACGAAGAUCGGAAGUGAGUCGCCGUUGAUUCCAAUACCGCCACCGCCGCCUCCGCCGCCGUUUAGGUUUCAGGAAUGGAGGUUCGUGAGGCACGGCGAUUUCGUGAGAAUCAAGAGCGACAACAGCUCGCGAAGCGGCUCGCCGGAGUUGGACGGCUGUGAGGAUUCGCCGGUCGGAGGAGCGAGUCCGUUGGCAGUGACGGAGGGAGGAAUGUCGCCGGCGAGGAUGUUCUGUCCGAGCCCCGACGUCGACACGAAGGCCGAUAACUUCAUCGCCAGGUUCAGAGCUGGUCUCAUCUUGGAGAAGGAGAAUUCCAUCAAAGAGAGGGACAGAGGGAAGUCCAGGUUGGGCCUGGAAGCAAACUUGGGCCGCGAACAGUAG